AUGCUCCUCAAUGCUACCUCUACUCCCCUUGCUCGCUGUUUCUGCCUGCCUGCCUUCGCCCUGCCCGUCCCGCAGCCUGCUUUUGCAGAACGUUGUAUUUGGGCUGACUACGAGAUCUCGCGGGGAACAACGGAUUUCAUCUGGUCAAAUUUCAGCUAUGAGAUUGAGUUCCGUGUGGGUCCGGGCUGUCAGUUUGCCUAGAGUUCGUCGAAUUUCCGUGCACAAGCUCGGAUGAGAUUUUGAGAUCGCCCACGCUGUUGUGCAGGAGCCGUUUCGCAGCCCAUCUCCCUUGCGUCUACCCCCUAUACUCUACGUCAGAGAUUGAGCGCCUUCAUAG